GUUCACACCUCAUCAGUAUUUAUUUAGAAAUGAAAAUACUACAACAGGAAGAUAUGCUAAAAUCUUUAUUACAUUUCACAUGAAUACGAACACUUCUGGACAAAAUCGUAAUUGGAAAAUUUAAACAUUAGCAAUAGCUGAAGUGUUUUAAAGUGAAAAAUAAUGUCUUCUGGACAAAGGGCGUUCACACAAAAGUUAUCCAAGCAACAUCCUGCUGAAGUUCGUAGAAAUGUGGCAUGUCAUAAGAGCAGUUUCAUCUCACCUUCUUCUUCUACGACUUGGUCAAACGAUUUAGUCGAACCCUUCGAUUUCGAGGAAUUUGUUGGUCAGUAUCAGCUUCUUAUUGAUAAAGAUCCUCUUAGAAAUAUAUUAGAAGUUCCCCAUGGAGAUGUAGAAGUUGAUGUUAUUGAGAGGCCCAUAAGGACAGUACAGCCUGUAGUUCCAGAGGAGAAAAUAGAAACAUUGCCUCCUCAUGUGCAGUCAUGUAUAGAAUGUUAUACUUCUGACUGGAAAGUGGUGAGAUAUAAUCACAGGGCUUUAAGUAGUAGUGUAGCUUCUAAAAAUACUUCUUGCAAAACAGUACAACCAAGUCCAAAGCAGGAAUUUGAAGUAGAUUUUCAAGUGCAAUCAGUAGAUACACACAGUGAAAUUGAUUCGAAUUCAAUUUCUAGUAGUAGCAGACAAAGUGUGAUUUCCAUCAGUUCCAUAUCAUCAUGUGGGGACACUUUAACUCCUCGCAAUUCUUGGGCAUCCUUGGAUCUCAGGCAUUCUGCUGGAGAUCCCCUUAUACCAGAGAUCUUAGGACAUGCUUCACCUGAAACUCUAGAUCAGAUCAAUGAAACCCGGAGACAGGCAGAUAGACAAGAUGCCUUGUUUGUUUUAUACUCUAACAGUACAGACUGUGAGGCAUAUGAAUGUGUAGAAAAGAGAUUACCCGCUGUACCUCCAGCUGAACCCUUGAGUCAUAGAAUGUUGGUGAAAUGCCAGCAAUUAACCUUGGAUAUUGAAAUGGAACCUCUGUUUGCCUCUAUGGCACUUUAUGAUGCAAAAGAAAAGAGAAAAGUUUCGGAAACUUUCCACUUUGAUUUGAAUCCAGAAGGACUCAAGCGAAUGCUAGGAGGUCAUAUACCAUACAGUGACAUAAGCACAUUGGCUAGAGGGUGUAUUUUCAAUAUAUCUAAUCCGUCUCCAGAUCUCUUUCUUGUUAUAAGAUUAGAGAAGGUAUUACAAGGAGAUUUGAAUGAAUGUGUUGAACCGUAUAUAAAAGAGGAUAAAAAUUGGGACAAAUUGAAAGCUAAUGCAGUAACUGUGUGUGAACGACUCGGAAAAUAUAGACAAGCUUUUGCAUGGACAGCAAUAUAUUUAAUGAAUGUUAUAAAUGGUAGUAAUUCCUUAGAGAGAGAAAGUGACCGUGAUUCUGGUAGUCACUCAAAUACCAAUAGUUUGGAAAGAAAAUCAGCUGGAAGCAGCUUGGAGCAGCUGAGAAGAAGAGCAACUGAUAUGGGAACCUUGACCAGAAGAGGUUCACUGGAACGUCGAGAUAAAAGGAGAAGUUGGUCUCCUGAUCAUUUAGCGAAUAGUAUGGACACCUUCCGACCAAUUACUCUUACAGUAACCUCAUUUUUCCGACAGGAGGGGGAAAAACUAAAAGAUGAUGAUUUAUAUAAAUGUCUGCAGGAAUUGAAGAGACCUCAAUUAAUACUGAAGAAAAUAAAAUGUAUUCCAGCUACAUUAAAAUUAGAAAUUUCCCCUUGUACUGGAGAAUAUAAAAAUUGCCUAACAACUGAGUUGGCGAAGUUGCUGCCAUAUCCAGAUGAUAAAAGUAGACCUAUAAAAGAAUUAUUGGAGUUUCCUGUCAAGGAGAUACUAACUCCGCAUUAUAUGUAUAGAAAUUUGCUUUUUGUUAGUCCGAAGGAGCUGAAUUUCUCUAAUAGAGCAGGAUCUGCCAGAAAUAUAGCUAUCAAGAUACAACUGAUGUCUGGGGAGAGUGAGCACCACGCUUUGUAUAACAUUUACGGAAAAUCUAGCUGUCCAGAAAUGACGAAUGAAGCUUACACUGCAGUCACCUAUCACAGUAAAACGCCUGUAUUUUAUGAUGAAAUUAAAAUUAAACUUCCCGCUACAUUAGCCGAUAAUCAUCAUUUGUUGUUCACAUUCUACCAUAUAUCUUGUCAACGCAAAGCUGAACAGAAUACUGUCGAUGUGCCAGUUGGUUACAGCUGGUUACCUCUCCUUCGUGAUGGAAGGUUAAUAAAGGGAGAAUUCUGUCUUCCUGUAAUGCUAGAGCCUCCACCAAGAAACUACAGCUACAUACCACCAGAUGUAUGUUUACCAGGAACCAAAUGGUUGGACAACCACAAAGGGCUUUUCACAGUGUUACUGGAUACAGCAUCUUCAGUUCAUACUCAUGAUCCUCCUGUUGAGAGGUUUCUUUCAGCCUAUGACUAUGUUCAUACUGGUAUAAUACCAGCUAGAUUGGGAGAAAGUGGAUUAGAGAAUGAAUUGAGUGCUGCAAUGUUGGGUUUGUCAGGGGCCAAACCUGAAACUAUAAUUAGGCAUUUGCCACUCAUAUUCGAUCUUGUCAUCCAGCUGUUAGUUCAACCCCCAAGACUAUCAAAUCAAACACUCAACAUAGGACAUACGGCGUUCGAGACCUUAUGUUUACUGCUAGAAGUAAUUUCUAAUGUCCCGGAUUUGUCUGUAGACCAACAUUCAAGGAAUGCUUUAUUAGCAACAUACAUUCAGUAUCAGUGCAAUUUACCUCAUCCGAUGGGUACAAGUUGUCAAAGUUCGCCAGAAUGGGAAGGGAGGUCUAAUAUGGCAAGAAGUAAUUCGAAUCCUGAUUUGGAAGUAGCUCAGCUACAACAGCAGUAUAGAGGUUUGGAUAGAGCAGCGAGCAUGAGAGUGCCAAGCGCUGAUCUGAUAAGUCCUAAUUCGAGUACUUGCCAGAGAAUUAUACAUCAGGAGUUGGUACUUCAGUGGGUGGUUUCUAGUGGAAGAUCUAAAGAUCUGGCCAAUCAAAAUGCGUGGUUCUUGUUCGAGCUUACGAUUAAAUCCAUGGUUGAACAUUUGGCACAUACUAGAAGUCUGGAUGCUCCAAGGAAAUUGAGAUUCAGUGAACAUUUUCUGGGAGAUAUAUCAAAUUUACUCCAGAUAAUAACAGGAGAAAUUAUAGCUCUCUCAACUGGGGAUAUAAGAAGAGCACACAAACUGAAUUCCGCGCUAGCGUUCUUCUUCUUCGACCUUCUCUCCCUGUCCGAUAGGGGAAAUGUUUUUCACAUGUUACGUAACUACAACAAGCAUUUGCAAACGAAAAUAGCUUCUAUUCAAGAUCCAUCGAUCCUUAUCGAACUUAAGUUAGAGUUUAUGAGGAUUAUUUGCAGCCACGAACAUUAUGUAGCUUUGAAUUUGCCGUUUGCAUCACCUUUCAUGUCAUCGGGAGCUGGAGUUUCGCCAAGUCCUAGUGUAACCAGUAGUACGAGUCAGAAUUCUUUCUUAUCGGGCGCUCCUCCUAGUCAAGAUAGAUCGAGUGCGUUUGCGGAGCUAUCGCCAGAGUAUAGGCAACAUCAUUAUUUAUCAGGAUUAGUCCUGUCUGAUGUUGCUACAGUUCUACUCGAAAUACAAAAUCAACAUCUGCAAGGAAAAGCUGUAGACACCAUAAAAUCUCUCCUCAUUUGGCAUGACAGCGAUCCUAGAUACAGUUCUCCAGAUGCUAAAAGGAGAGUUGCUGCUUUAUACUUACCAAUACUGUCCAUAGCAAUGGAUGGACUUCCAUUAUUGCAUCAUUUCAAGAUUGACAAACUAGAUCGAUAUGUGAAUGAUGAUAGUGGACCAUCUAAUAUCAAUCAGACAGUAGCUUUAGCAAUCGCUGGUAAACUUACUGCUGGAACUUGCGAUACAUUCUCUUCGGCUCGCAAAUCAGGUCUGAAUGCAGAAGUUACGAGAAAUCUUUUAACAUGUGUGCUCUGGGUCUUGAAGAAUAUAGAAAAAGAUUGCCUUUCAACGUGGUUAGGGGAAUUAUCAUCCUCCAGGUUAACUACACUGAUGCAACUUCUGGAUGCUUGCAUAAGUUGUUUCGAGUACAAACCAAGGAAGAUGGCGCCACCCCCAACUGGCUAUGCCCAUGCGCAAGGUACUCAAGACAUGAGAUCUAAACUGGAAGGAGUCAUUUUGGGACAAGGUUCUGCCAGGGAGAUGAUGCAAAGAAGAAAAGGAAACACACCACAGGCGGGAACAACAGAAAAAUUACGGUGGAGAAAGGAACAGAUGGCUUACAGACUCACUUCAGAAAAUACAGAUCGUCCAAGAGAGGAACUCCUGAAUGACGUUUAUUUAGAAGGUCAUUUUGCUACUGAAGCUUCCUUCAUAAUUCUGGAUACUCUAGAACGAUGUGUAUUGGUUGUGGCUCAGUGGGAUUCUCAGCAACACUUGAUCGGCUUGGCAUUAACAGUACUGCUUCAUGCCUUAGGGAAAAAUCAGAGCACAACUGUCCUACCGCAUAUGUUUGCAUCUCAAAGAAGUUUAGUUUAUAAAUUUCAUGGUGCCUUAUUUGAUGAAGAAAAUAGCCACUGUGCCGAUUUGUGUCUUUUACUUUUGAAGCAUUGUGGAUCUCAAAUCGAAUCAGUUAGAUCUCAAGCAGCUGCAUCACUUUAUUUGCUGAUGAGACAAACAUUUCAAAUAGGAAAUAAUUUCGCAAGGGUUAAAAUGCAAGUAACCAUGUCGCUGAGCAGCUUAGUUGGUACAUCGUCCUCAUUUAGUGAUGAUUCUUUGAGAAGAUCUCUAAAAACCAUUUUGGAAUAUGCAGAAAGAGAUGAUGAGCUUCAAGAAACAACGUUUCCCGAGCAAGUUCGUGACCUCAUAUUCAACUUGCAUAUGAUUCUUUCUGAUACAGUAAAAAUGAAAGAAUUCCAAGAGGACCCUGAAAUGUUACUAGAUCUUAUGUAUCGGAUUGCGAAAGGUUAUCAAAAUUCUCCAGAUCUUCGUCUAACUUGGUUAGCAAACAUGGCCCAAAAGCAUAUGGAAAGGGGUAACCAUACUGAAGCGGGCAUGUGCCUUGUCCAUUCGGCAGCACUUGUGGCCGAAUAUCUAGUUAUGCUUGAAUCACUCCCUCAUCUCCCCUCGGGGGCUGCGGCCUUAGAAAGAGUCAGUCCUAAUGUGUUGGAGGAAAGUGCCGUUUCUGAUGAUGUUUUGAGCCCUGAAAGAGAGGGAGGUUGUUUGGGAUCCCAUUUUACUGAAGCUGGUCUUCUAGGAUUACUAGAACAUGCUGCCAGUAGUUUCCACAUUGCCGCUAUGUAUGAACCAAUGAAUGACAUUUACAGGGUGUUGAUACCGAUUGCUGAGAAUAAUAGAGAUUUCAAGAAGUUGGCUAAUAUUCAUGGCAAGUUACAUGAUGCUUAUACAAGAAUAGAUCAGCUUCAAGGAAAAAGAAUGUUUGGAACAUAUUUUAGAGUUGGCUUUUACGGCUCUAAAUUCGGAGAUCUUGACCAGGAAGAGUUCAUCUACAAGGAACCAACUCUGACAAAACUACCUGAAAUAUUCAGUCGCUUGGAAAACUUCUAUGCUGAACGAUUUGGAUCAGAUAAUGUGAUAAUCAUAAAAGAUUCUAAUAUUGUUGACCCAACACAGCUGAACACAGAUAAAGCGUAUAUCCAAAUAACUUACGUAGAACCUUACUUUGAACAAUAUGAGUUGAGGUAUAGGCAGACCCAUUUUGAUAGAAAUUUCAAUAUAAAACGGUUUGUUUAUGCAACUCCAUUUACGAUGACUGGAAAACCACAUGGUGAACUUAAGGAACAGUAUAAAAGGAAGACAAUUCUUACCACUGCUGUGCACUUCCCAUACGUGAAAACAAGAAUUCAAGUUGUAAACAGAACGCAGAUUACCCUGACUCCUAUAGAAGUGGCUAUCGAAGAUAUUCAAAAAAAGACCACUGAACUCGCUGCUUCCACUGUGCAAGAACCUCCAGAUCCAAAAAUUUUACAGAUGGUUUUGCAAGGAUGUAUUGGAACUACUGUCAAUCAAGGACCUUUAGAAAUGGCCUUGACGUUUUUACCAAGCGAUGGAAAACCUCUCACAAAACAUCAAAACAAACUCAGACUUUGUUUCAAGGACUUUUCCAAAAAAUGUGCAGAUGCUUUAAAGAAAAACAAAAACUUGAUAGGUCCAGACCAAAGAGAUUACCAAAGGGAACUCGACAGAAACUAUAAACGAUUUACUGAGAAGCUACAUCCUUUAGUGAAUCCGCAAAAUGUUGUAGUGACUACAAGCCCUCAUAAAUAUUCUGGCUCUGAAACUACUAGUCUAAGAUGGUAACCAUAUUACAUAAUAAUCCUGAAGCCUUUUGGAUAGUUAGCAAGUUGAUGAAACAUUUUGAAAUUACGAUCUCAUGCUUUUUUAUAGAAAUAUUUACCCAAGUAUAUUUAUUCUUUUAAACACAGAAUAUAACUUCUCUAUAUUUAUAAGCUUUUUAUAUUUUUGUAGCUGUGAAAUAAAAAAAAACUUCAAUAGGUAAA